AUGGCUAACGCACAAGUUCGAGUGCCCAUGGUUGAUACCGUGCGAGGUGGUCAGCACUUAUUUUAUGAGGGAUUCAAGUUUCGUUGUAAGAAAAAGGUCCGUGAGAAGAAGUAUUGGAACUGCGUUGUUGCUGCCUGCAGAGCGUCGGUGAUCACUGAAAACGGCAUUCUUCAAGCGGCUUUGCAGUUAGACUUUGAAAUCGCUGCCCACAAUGUUGUACGGAGUGCCUUUCCCAACACUUUGAUCAGGGGCUGUUAUUUUCACUUCACCCAGUGCAUUUGGCGUCGAGUACAGAAGGAAGGUCUGGCUACGGACGACAAGAACGAUGAUGAAGUGCGACGACUGGUGAGAAGAGCCGCAGCCUUGCCUCUGCUUCCCUUGGACAAGGUCGACGACGUCUGGCUCCAAGCCAUCGCUGACAGUCCCGCGGGUCGCAGGGUCGCAGCCUUCAUGGACUACGUCACGACAACGUGGGUGGAAUAUUAA